AUACCUCGCCAUAGAUACGUUAUCUAAUCGAGUCCACUCGACCGUUGAAUCUGAUCCUUAUUCCAUCAGUCUAACUUUGCACUUGUACGGGCUUUAUUCUUUAGUAUUGGAAUUUUCUCGUUUCGUUGCAUCCAAUAUGGAAGAUAUGGAAGAAGCCGGUAUGGAAGAAGUACAUAUACAGUUCAAGGAUGACACCAUACGGGAGAACGUGCAAAAGAAGUUAUUGAACUUAAUCAACAAGUACAAAGAGCUGAACGACGAGGAUAAGGAGAAGUUCCAAAAGCAGGCCGUUGACACGUUGACGAAGACGCUGCAAAAAGUACCUGAAACAAUACCUCAGAAAGCGAUUUCUCCCUCAUGGCUCGUGUUAUGUCAAGCUUACUUUCCAUUCAUUUUGGCGACAUCGUGCGUGACAUUUCUGCUCGUUAUGGGUGUCCGCGGAGUGUAUCGCUGUAUAUGGAAACAAAAACAGCGUUAUAUACAGAAGAAAAAACUCAAACAACAAAAAGCGGAAGCGAAAUUACAAAGUGCGAAGAAAAAGGAGGAGUAGACAAUAUAAGAUACAAUUAAUCUUAUAUUUUGGAGAAGAAAUUUGUUGACGAAAUUGAAGCAGGUUCUUAAUGAAUUCAAGAUGCAUAUAAUGUUCAUCAUACACAUAUUUA